CGACAGACUCCACCACCACUUACUUCAAAAUAUCUGCUCCACUAUCAAUAUUCAAUCAUCGAGAGACUCAUCACCACCCACCUCACAAUUUCUCCUCCAACAUCGAUUAUUCAGAAAUAGAUAUGGCUUAUUAUUAUUGUUCAUUCAAGCCUUCGCUCCUCUUUCUCCUUUUCUACAUCGCAACCUCUCAGGCGAAACACUCCAUCACCACUCACCUCCAUUUCUUCAUCCACGAGAACGUUAACAGCCCAAACGCCACCGCUAUCACCGUCGUCAACUCCACCACCAGCAACCCCGGCGGCUUCGGCAGCAUCGGGAUCUUCGACGAUGAACUCCGAGAAGGCUCGAGCGUUGACUCGAAGCUCAUUGGACGGGCCCAAGGCAUGGCUCCCGAGGUGUCGCUUAGCGAGAUGGCCUGGCUCGUACUCAUCGACUUCGUCUUCACGGACGGAGAGUAUAACGGUAGCUCCCUCAUGGUGGUGGGCCGGGCGACGUUCGAGGGCCCCACCGAGCGCAGCAUCAUCGGCGGCACCGGAAAAUUUCGAAUGGCGAGGGGCUACACCAUUAACAAAUUGCUAAGUGGUGCUCCGACAGGACACGUAAUCGCCGAGUAUGAUGCUUACAUCGUGCAUUAAUUAAUAAGUGUGUUGCUGUGGUUGCGAUCUCAAUUUCUUAUGAGCUAGCAUGUUUACAUGCAUAAUCGCCGACUGCGAUGCUUAUAUCGUGCAUUAAUAAGUGUGUUGUUGUGGUUGCGAUCUCAAUUUCUUAUGACCAUGUUUACACUAUGGAAGUAUUAAUAAACAUGUAAUUUGGAGAGAAUUAAACAUUUUUCUCUUGCAGUAA